AUGCACAUGGCGCUAAAGGUGCAGCUAUUCUACUCAACUGCAUACCACCCGCAAGCGGACAGUCAGUCGGAAAGGACCAACCAGACCAUGGAAAUCAUGCUACGGCACUGGAUAGCUACGCACCGCCGGGAGCUCUGGAAACGUGCGCUACCAGCGUUACAGAUGGCGCUCAACGCCUCCAAUAAGCCGGCGACCGGCUACUCCCCGCACAGACUAGUGUACGGCAUUGAGUUGAGGCAUCCAUGGAACCUACUACGACAUGCCGACCUUCACGACAAGUUCGCCGCGCGAGCGGAUGCGGAGCACUCUCUGGCAUAUGCAGCUGCAGCAAUGAAAAGGACAUUCGACAACAAGCAUAAGGAUAUCCACUUUAACGUCGGAGACAUGGUCUACCUCAAACUCGGAGACGGCUCCAAUAUCAUCGCUAACAAGCUACUCCCCGCCAAGCUUAAACAGAGAUUUGUCGGCAAGUUCCGCGUGCUCGAACGGGUGAGUCGCCUGGCCUACAGACUGGAACUCCCGCCGGCUUGGAUUCAGAAGAAGAUCCACCCUGUCAUUAGCGUGGCCCAUCUGGAACCUACACCGAAAGGCGAAGAUCCUUGGAACAGGCAGCCAGCUGAUACACACGAACCGACAUUCGACGAUCGGUACUCAGAGGACACCGACAGAUACGACGUCGAACGCAUCCUGGCCAAGGAGACUCGACCAUCAAGGGGACGUCCUAAGGCGGACGGAUCACGGGCGUCGACCACGUGGUACCUCGUUAGGUGGGCUGGGCAAUCGGCCAAUGAGGACCAGUGGAUCCCAGAAUCCGAGACUGAGGGUUGUCACCUUAAUUGGGUGGGUGGGAGGUGCCACUUCGCUUUGUAG